GAGAACAAAUCCCAGAUAUGAGAGGAAUCCCUUUACCACCCUGUAGCCUAAAGAGAGACGAAGACUGAGGGGCAAAGAGAGACGAAGACCGAGGAGGCAAAGAGAGACGAAGACCGAGGAGGCAAAGAGAGACGAAGACCAAGGGGGCAAAGAGCAAAGGAUUUCCAGCGAACAGAACCACAGGACCACACGGGACCGACCUGAGGAGGACAGAGGAAAAAACUAAUCCAGUCCUGAUCCACUCAGCUCAGAACAGAAAACUUUACACACUCCAGCUGUAAGAGAAGGAUCGAAGCGGAGUUCUCUGUACAAAAUGUCUAACCAGCCAUCAACAAAUGUAAAAGCUUUACAGGCCAACCUCAAUAUUCCGAUGGGAGCGUUGCGUCCGGGAGCGGGACAUCCUGUGAAGAGGAAAGAGGAGACACAGGACACAGAGGAGGUACCGGCCGUCACUCCAGAAGAAAAGAAGCCCCUUCCCGGUGGUGUGAAACUUCCAGGGCCGGUGGUUAACCUUUCUGAGAUCCAGAAUGUAAAAAGCGAGCUGAAAUAUGUCACUAAAGACUAGUCACUCAGGUGACCCCACCUUGCUCGUAUAAAGGAAGGAGACAGACAGCUCUACCAGCUCCACCUACUCCAUUACUGAUACUCUGACAAUCUCCAUCACCUCACAAAUUUCCAGCUACUGAAACCCAGACAUCCUUCAAACAACUGCAAUAACUUGUUAAAGGUUUCCAACCCUGCAGCCCUCAUAGCAAAGUUUAUUUUUUUCUGGUUUAAGAACAGAUUAGAGCCACAAAAAAAAUCCCAUCCUGCAUUUAAAACUAUGGUCUAGACCCCAGAUCAGAUCUGGUACUAAAACUCAGCGGUGUCUAAAACAAGACACUGACCAAAAUUAGGGUCCGAGAAUGGCUCGAGGUAUUUUGGCAGAUUAGAGCCACAUAGCAGCCAUGAGUCAUCUCUAAUAACAUCCAGACUUUGGUGUCAAAUCUCCAUGUUACAGCUUCAUAACAGUUCCAAAGCUAAGUCAUUAGUCAUAGCUAAUAUUUGCUCUUUAUCUGGUUGUAACUUCAGGAUCAAAUCUAAGCCAUCUUUCAGCCUGGCCACUGGGAAUAGGAUACAGCUUCAGAACAUUCUAGACUUUUUAGUUUCCGGAUCAGAACGCUUCAGUUUCUGUACUAGAACCGAAUCUCAGCCUGCAGUUGCUAUAGUUGCCAUUGUAGGUGCAGACAUACUGUAAGCCAUCACCGAUUCCCAAUUUGGUACCAAAUCCAUGUCUAAGCUCGACUAAUGAUGGUCUGGACCGGUUGUCCAUCUGAGAGCUCCAUAACAGCCAUUAUAAUAAAACCUCCAUCCCUAUUAAUGGAUCUCACACAAAGCCAAACGUAUUUUAUAUCUGCUACCGAAUCUUUAACACGUUGUUGGCUCAGAACUCCAAAGGAUGUAGGAGUUCUGUUAGUCCAAGGAUGGUAAAGACUAGUUCUCCAUCUCAGAUUAGCACAUCGUCGAUUAGCAGAACCAAAUCCGAGCAAACGGUCAUCACUGUAGGUUUCUCUCAACCCAGAUAUCAUGAAGCACGAUCGGAGGAAGACCCAGGAUGGCUUGACAGGGAAUGUAUAAACAGGAUGUUCAUCCCAGGGUCAAACCUUCUGGACCUUUUCUAAACUGUCAAAUACAAACAUAAUCUUAUGUAGAAACCUUAAAGAACGUCGACCACCUAGAUUUCAGCUCCUUUCAGUCUGAACCGUACCGAAUCCCAGCCAGCGUUUUUCAUUGUACUAAAAUGCAGCCAUCUCUUGACCCAGAUACCACAAAGAAUGAUGGCUCACGAUGACUCUGAAUUGACUACCAGAUGGAGCAAAAGCAACAGGGCCAUGCCAGAGCCAAACAAUUCACAAGCACUUUGGAUGCAUCCCCAAUCGACCCACAUGCUGUUUACUGUACCAUCGGUGACACGGCACCACCGAGGCCAGACACGGCGCCGCGCCGACUCCGUGACCCCUGACCCGACGACGCUUCUUGACCAGAUAAUUUUGCUAAAGCGACACAACUCAACCAUAAACUGUACAAUUUACACAAAAAACCAUAACAAGAAUUUGUAGCGGUUUGAUUUCUGUUCUUAUUUAUACGUGUGUCCUGUUUUAAAUCCGUGUGUUUUACAGUAGACGUGAUUCCGUAGCAGAUCUACGAGCUCCUUUUCAGCCACGUGUGAAAUCACAUAUUUAAUUCCCUUUUAUAGAAUCAUAACGUAGCGUGAUCAUUAGUCAGCGUCGUUCCCGUUAUCAGCGUCCGAACGUCGUCUCACUUCGUUUGCUCUGGACAGACGUGAGACAUCGUAAGACACGAUUUCAGACCUCAUGGCCUUACCGUUUGAACCGCUGUAUAAUUCUUUAGCUUUCCUUGCCAUUGUUCUCAGGCUUGGUUUAGAGAGCGUGUAGGCUGACAUGCAAUAAAAACACCAUUUCUCAGUGUCAUGGUGUAGGAGGGUGAAGCGAUCACGUGCUGUCUCUGAGCAAACAGAACUGCAUUCCCAACACUUUGUCACUCUUAUAUUAGCUCUCAAAUGUGAUAUUUGUGAAGCACAUUUUCUCUCUUUAUUUCUCCUGUUGAACAGCAGCUCGUCAGCGAAAGUGUCCUUAUUGAAGAUUCUGACCAGAGUUCGAAGGGCUAAAAAAGUAAAACAAUGAUAUCCUGUCUGAAGUGUAAUAAAAACUUGGAUCAAAAAUAAAAUCAUGCCACAUAACCGA